CAGAUUGUCGGCGACAUGUACCACCCCGUAUAGGAACCAUGUCAGAUUUGGGUGGGGUUCGUUCGGGGGUUUUCGAGGCAGUAUAAUUACUUGUCUACGGUUAUGGGAUUGGUUCUCGAUUUAUCUUUGAACAGGACCUUACUAACCGUACCUUAUGAAACUGAUCUUUCUCUCGGGAAAUUUGACUCACAUAAUAGCCUAGCGGUAGGGCAGUAGGUAUUAGUGAAGGUAUUGAAAACACCUCUACGCCGCAAUGUCAGCGACAGCCGCCGUGCUGAGCCAUGGCGAGAUCGACGAGUCACUAGUUCCCGGCACCGUCCAUCUCGUCGAUCUGCAACAUACAAUGGCGACACGUCACUCCGCGAAUCAGAAGGACAUUGUGCUGGUCCCGACGCCAUCCUCGGACCCGGAAGAUCCGCUGAACUGGAGUCCGAACCGCAAGUACCUGGCCCUCGCCUGCGCGCUGCUGUACACUUGGUUUAACGGCAUCGCCCUCUCGGUCGUGUAUUCGGUCAUCGUGCCGCUAUCCUCGGCUCUUUCCGUUACCGUGUCCGACCUCAAUGCAGGAACAGGGUACAUGUUCCUCUUUCUCGGCUGGGGGCUGCUCUUCUGGCAGCCCUUCGCCCUCCAGUACGGCAAGCGCCUCACGUAUCUCAUCUCGCUCGCGGCUCUGACGGCCGUCACGGUCUGGGGUCCCUAUGCGCGUGGUAACGGCCAGUGGAUUGCGAAGUCUAUCUUGACUGGCUUCUUCGCGGCGCCUAUCGAGGCCCUGCCUGAGACGACCAUCGCCGACUUGUUCUUCGCGCACGAGCGGGGCACGUAUCUGGGCUGGUACGCCUGGACGCUCGCGGGCAGCAAUUUCUUCGCGCCCGUCAUCUGCGGCUUCAUCAAUGACGGCAUAGGCUAUGAGUGGGUUUUCUACAUCCCGGCCAUCUUCUGCGCGGUUACCUUCGUGUUUCUGUUCCUCUUCAUGGAAGAGACGAAUUAUGACCGCAGAACCGUCGGCGUUGUCGCUACAGCAGGGAGCCGGAGUUGUGUUGAGAAAGAAGUGGCAGUAGAUGCAGGUGAAGAAAAGAAAGUGUCAAACGAUGGUCCCGAUCAACUUACAGUAUCGGAAGGUGUGAAAACACCACCUGAAGGAACGCCCACCAAGAGUUUUUGGCAAAAGCUCUCUCUCGUUGACAAGCCGAGACCUUUUGUGAUGCACUACCGGGCCUGGCAGUCCCUGAAGCUACUCUCGUGGCCGGUGGUCUUCUACUCUGGUUUCAGCUACGGUACCUACCUCAUCUAUUUCAACAUUCUCAAUGCCACGGCUUCGCUGAUCCUAAGCGGGCCGCCUUAUAAUUUUCAGCCCGCUAUGGUUGGCCUUACCUACAUAUCCUGCCUUGUAGGUGUGACUGCUGCAGCCGCCUUCACGGGUGUAUUCUCUGACCGAUUCAUCAUUCGAUUAGCCCGUAAGAACAACGGCGUGUCCGAGCCUGAGCACCGUCUCUGGCUGUUCUCCAUCUCUACCAUCGUGAUCCCUUCGUCUCUAAUCCUGUGGGGUGUUGGUGCUGCUCACGGCGUCCAUUGGUUCGGCCUCGUAUUCGCGAUGGGCACGACAGCGUUCGCCAAUACAAUGGGCGUCACGUUAUCAGUGGCGUACCUCAUCGACACGUACCGUGAUAUUUCAGGGGAUUCCCUGACGACCUGCAUUAUUAUACGGAACACGAUGAGCUUUGCUAUCGGGUACGGGAUCACUCCCUGGGUCGAGAAUCUGGGGUACCAAAACUGCUUCAUUAGUGCCGCUUUUGUGGGCUUGGCUAUUUGCAGUGUCUUCCUCAUUAUGGUGCGCUGGGGCAAGACACUCAGGGAACAGAAGAGGGUACAGUACUGGCGCGAGGUAAAGAAGAGGAUGGGUGCCGGACUUGUCCACUAGGUAUGACGUGCUCUCUCGGUGGCUGUGUGUUACAGAAUGCUCUCAGGGAGGUAGCAUAUAUCACUUGGGGCUAAUGGUCUCCUCAUAAACGGGGUAUAGACUAGGUCACGGGGAAUCAAUAAUGUAGCAUAGGUAGGUUGCCGCUAAGGCUUCUAAGAUCUCCGCGGUUAUUAACAGAAGCAAGUUCUUAACGUGACGGAAACCUUCGAAGAAAGACAAUCAAAAAUAAUUCAAUGGCUAUUCUUGUCAGCUGAUUACACUAUUGGCAUAUGGGAUAUCUGUCACUUGCAGUCAUAUCUUCCGCAUGAUUAUUUUGGGUGGAAAUCGCUAAUUGUCAAGGGCCAAGAAGAAUUAGGCCAGAAGUUACGCCGAAGGAGUGGAGAUAGCUCGAUUGGCCAAGUAUACAAGGAGGAGAAGGCCCCCUUCUGGUAGGAGAAAAGGCAGGAAUCAAUAUUAUUGAGCCCUUACCCCUACAUUCUACCUAUCUACUACCCGGGUGCUACCUACUUACUACCAAGCUUCACUCCGGGGACACCUCCCCAUGACAUUAAUAGACUAAUCUUUCAUAGAAGGACGUCAUAAUGCUUAAUUAACUG